AUGCAACUAGCGUUUCUGGACUUUGAAGCCGCAUUCGACUCUCCUCACCGAGGCCGUCUUCUCAACGCGCUUCGCUCCGAUGGAGCACCAGGAAAGUUCGUUCGCUUGCUUGAUGACAUGAAUCAACGAACAACUGCUGCAGUUCGAACACCAGCCGGAUGUACAACACCGUUUGAAGUGGUAAUUGGAGUAAGACAAGGGGCAGUGGCAGGACCCUUCCUGUUCAAUUUCGCCAUCGACGACAAUAUGCGAAGAACAGUCGACCAGUAUCCUGCCGACAUUGUCUUAGCACCAUCAGGGUGCCCCUUGACUGACCUCGAGUACGCCGACGAUGUUAUAUUCGCGGAAAGAAGUACUAAACUUCAACAUGUUGUCAACCUUGUAUCGAAGCUGGCUGCAGCCUAUGAACUACGUCUACGCCCUAAUAAAUGCAAGCAGAUGUGGGUUUCUGCGAGACCUCGAAUAGGAAUCAGGGUGGACGGACAACCGAUAGAACUCGUCGAUGAGUUCUGUUACCUGGACUGUACGCUGAAGAACAACGGAUGCGCUAAGGCCACUUCUGCAUUUAACUCCUUAACGAAAUGCCUUUGGUCGACCCCCAUCACCAACGAAGUAAAGCUGCGAGUCUACCUACCCGCAAUUCGCCCCAUCAUGAUGUACGGAUCGGAGACUUGGGCAGUUAUGGAUAUAUGGAGAGGUCUCCCAUCAACGGGUAUGGAGAGGCUUGACUGCCCGGAAAGAGAGCUGCUUAGACGGCUACUUGGCUACUCUUGGCCUAGAGUGUGCCACAAUGAAGAUCUUUACGCAGAAAUUAAUGUGGUAUACCGGCGGAUGACACGUGGAAGACAUCAACAUCUUGCACCAUCAUCGAAAGUGGCUAAAGUAAAUAGUCUUUGCUUCUUUGGUCAUAUAUUAAGAAGACCGGCAGAUCGCCUUGUUCAACGAGUUCUGAGGAGCUUGUCGAGUUCGAGCUGGAAGAAGCCACCUGGCCGAAAACGGAAGUUCUGGACUGAGGUGGUGAAGGAGGACCUGCGUGGGCACUCGGCGUGGAUAGGCAGUUCAGGCGAGACGUAA